AUGCAUCUGUAUUGUACCAACAGCGACCAGCAUUCUGUCCUUACCGAUCAAACAGUUUUUCGUGGAAAAGCUGGGCCACGGGGACCACCAGGAGAGGUGGAAUACCAUAUUAUAAAUGAAACCAUAAAAGAUUAUCUCACUGAUAUUUCAGGAGAGAUUCAAGCAAAACUGACUCAAAUUGGUCCGAUUGUUGAAAAAUCUAGCGAGGACAUAGAGGAUUUAAAAGCAGCAUCCGGACAUACUCAAACAAAACUGACUGAAAUCGAAACAGAUAUUGGAGGAUUGAAAUCAGUAAUGGCACAAAUGCAAGAGCAUCUGGAAACCCUUAUAUGGGCAUCUCGUGGAAUCACAAACAUCAGAACAUGGUAUCGAGCAGGAAACAAUAAUUACUAUAAACUAUUCAGCGACCUCGUCACAUACGCAGUAGCGAAGGCAAAUUGUAAGCGAUUGGGAGGUCAAUUGGCAUCGGCGGGCUAUCGAGAUGAAGAUAUUCGCAGAGAAAUUUUACCAUUGGUCAAAUCUGGACGAUCCCACGCAUGGAUUGGUUUGAACGACAUUCGACAGGAAAAUACGUUCAUCUGGGAAGAUGGUGUAACCGCGAAUGUAAGUUCUGUUCCAUGGCAUGAUGGUGAACCAAACAACCAUGGCGGUAAUGAAGAUUGCGUCGAUAUUGCUUCUGGCUUUGAUUGGGAGCUGAACGAUAAUACUUGCAGCGUGAAAAAUAAAUAUUUAUGUGAGCUUGAAGCCUUAUUUGGCAUUUAAGGAUAAGCCAAAGACUGAUAAUGCCUGGAUAAUAAAUCUAUGUGUUGCGUGUGUACAUACUUCCUUUGCGUUUCAUUAAAAUAUUUAGAUUUCCAUAACUCCACAAUCUUUAGUAAAGUGUGUCCAUAAAUUCCCUUUAAAAUUUUCAAUAUUGUUAUGAAGUCAGUUCUCAACAUAUCUCAACUAGGUUUGUUGUUUUUUAAUCAGUAAUUG